CUUCAACUUUUACCGAUGUAAGUUUUUGGUAAGAUACUUGUACUUUUACUCAAGUAUCACUUCAUGGUACUUUAUUCAACUCUGGAUAAUACCAAUAAAACUUGUGAACACAACAAUCAAGCACAAAGCAGGUGUGAAGGAGCAGAAGUCCAGCUUGGUGCCUGUUUUUCUACAUUCACAUUGUAAAAUGUUUAAUAUGUUUAAUGUUUAAUGUUUAAUAAAGAUGUCUCUUCUUCAUCAGAGGAACAUAAGAGCUGCAGUUUGUAAAACUUGGCUUUAAUCAAAAACAGACAACAUUAAGGCUGAACCUGACAUUUCUGUCCUUCACAAUAAAGUUUGUUUUGCAAAUAAAACUUUUCACUUCAUGAGUGAAGUUUUCUAAACAGCAGUUAAAUGACAAGUUUUGAUCACAAAUGUGUAUUUUUUUUGAUGACCAAUUAAAACCGGUUUCUCUCCACAUUCAGCCUGAGCAGAGCCCAUUGGUGGAGAGAGCUGCCUUUAAAUAAAGAGUCAGUCAGAACUGACCAAUCAGAGGGUGGAAACUGAGUGUUUAUGUUUGGACUGACGUCAUGUUUUAUACAGCGGGUAAGUGCGUGAGCGAYGAGUGACAUGCGUGAUCUUUGUAAWGAUUUUUACAGCACAGUUUAUCACAGAGCUCCGGGUUCAUUUAAAACGGYGACGAUCACGUGACUGUCUCCACSUGGUCCCAGCAGAGCGCGAGGAGCUGCAGCAUCUCUCUCCUGUCUCAAGGACAAACAUGGAUGGAUGAGGCCGUGCUGCUCAUGGUCCACCUCACGGUUCAGUGAUGACAACAGGCUGGAACUGUCAGACAUUACUCAACUCAUAAAUGUAUCACAAUGGCAACAGGAAGAAAAGGCUCCACCUCCAAAGCAGGUGUGGUGCGUUUCCCUGAUGAUAGUGAACCUCCUGGCUCUCCAACCCAGAGAGAUGACCCUCCAAACGCCUCCACACUGACCGCUGUCCUGGAGAAGGAUAACAGCUACUUGGUCAAGGUUGGUUUUUUAAAGAGCCACCGCUGUUAUGAGAUUGUCUUUACGGUACCAGACGUUCCCACUCUGGGAAAAGAGCUCUCCUGUCUUCCCUCCUCCUCUCCAACUCGGCGCUCCCAGAAUCUGCGGAUCCUGCAAAUGAAUUCCACCCUGGAGGACCCCCAUCAUGGGACCCCCAUGCUGCUGGAGGGAGUGAGGUGUCUGAGGACUCAGAGAGACGCCCACAAAAGGCACAACAGUGAACGAAGGAGAAUAUAAGAAGAGCCACACUGAAAAGUCUUCUCAGGCUCUCCAUAGGAAAUCAUCUGCCUCCAUCUCUCUCAGCGUCCUCCUCUGUAAACCAGUCCCAAGCACGUCCUCCUUCACUACAGCCAUGAAUGGAGCUCAGAACUGAUCUGUGAUGGAAUCCCACCCAGUGACACCCACCUAUCACUCCUACUGCACAUUGUGUCUCUGAAUCAAAACACAUUUGUGCUAACGUGAUUAAUUAUGUGUCAUCUUUACACUGUGUACAUACAUCAGAAACAUGAUAAAUGAUGAAGAACCAUCAGUUUACUCAGCACGUUUUACAUUCUYCAGUCGUGUGGUACAGGAAAUAGGAAUAUAAGUUAACUGUAUUCAUGGUAAUGGGACAGACUUGUAGUGAUAGCUGUUCUUUGUCUCAUUAACACUGGACAUUACAGCAGUGCUUAAAAUUCACUUAAAACUUGACAUUUUUAUUUUACCUAUUUUUAAAAAGAUGUGAGAAUUAUUUGAAAUGGACUUUUCUUCAUUGAUGUUUUGUAUUUCUUUCUAUUCAUGUUUAUAUAAAACUCCUUUCAUGCUGAGCUACAUCAAAACCAGGUGAUUAGCUUCAUAACAUGUAUCUAAUUUAUCUGGUAAAGUUUUUAAAUCUAAUUAAAAUAAUUUGAGUUUGAGACUGUUAGACUUCAACUCUCAGGUAAGAUAAUGUUCUUAAAAUGUCUGCUGUACUUGGCAUUAGUAAGCACUGUUGUCAAAAGUCAUUUAACUUUAUUUAAAUCUGUUCCUCAAUCAUWACAUAAAUAACACUCUUGUGGCUAUUGCACAUCUAUUAUUUCAUACUGAAACACUUUACUGUAAAUGUUCUGCCUUUCCAAUACAUAUUACACUGCACAAUAUGCACAUUGCUGUAAAUGACCUAACUUGAUGUAAUUGCACARCCCCUUUGAACAUGAUCCUGUCAUGACUGUUUUUCUGUCAUUUUCCUGCACAGCACCUUAUUUCAAUUCUUAUUGCUUUGUAUGGUAUAUUAUUUUUUAUUUUUAUUUUAUUCUAUUAUUAUUACUACUAUUUAUAUUGUUGCAUAGCAAUAUACUGUGAACUGUGUAGUGUAUUGUGUAUUAUUGUGAUGUAUCUGCUGCUCCUGAAUUUCACCUCUGCUGGACAAUAAAGGCUGGUUCUAUUCUA